AUGGAGACGAUCAAGUAUACACUAAAUACCAAUAACUUGAAAUCUCCAAGAAUAUACGUUUUAACGCCAGAGGAAAUACCCUUGGGGAAAAAAUAUAAAUACGGCCAAAAUAGGACAUUUAGGACGAGAUUCAUUGAAGACAAGGGUAUUGUACAGAAGCUAGCAUUUGAGACGGAGGUUGAAGAGCUAAAUACUCCAGCGAGGAAUUUCAUAUUGAGAGGCGAGGAAUCAGCUGAAACUCUGAAAUUUGAUUCUCUCGGAAAAGGAGGGUUUGGAUCUGUCUUUCUUGCAGUUUCUAACAAUCGACUAGUUGCCUGCAAAGUGAUAAAACUUGGAUCAGCUAACAGCUGCAUCACAUUCCAGAGAGAACGCAAUGCACUCGGGCUCCAGCACAAACAUGUGGUUGAAACCCUUUCAGUGGUCCAAGGACCAAAGGCUGGAAUCAUUAUCAUGGAGAAGGCAAACAACGUCAACCUUCAAGAAGUUUUGGAUGGUGGCCUGCUGAAAUCUGAUCGGGCAAAGAUUCGUUGCAUUAGUGAGCUCUGCUUCGCGCUCCAGUACUUACAUGAACACAACAUCCUCCACUUGGACGUGAAACCCUUGAAUAUGCUGAUUGGGAGAGAUGGCAGCAUGAAGUUGGCCGACUUUGGGAACUCCUCUCUGGCCAACGGCUUUGGAAAUUUUUACAGCAUGGGCACUGUCAGGUACACGGAUCCCAUGAUUUUUAAAAACAAGAAAGCCACGACAAAAUCUGAUGUUUACUCUGUUGGGAUCACCAUGUGGCAGUUGGUGUUCAAUACGGUUCCUUACAAGGGCAUAGCCAAUGAUGGAAGUCUGAUGUACCAGAUUGUGAGGAAUCAUCUGCGUCCUACACCAAAUGAACACGAUCCUGCAAGAAGAAGCUGCGGACUUCGAGUCUUUGAGGAAACUUUUAAGUGCUGUUGGAACAAAGAACCUGAUUGUCGACCAACAUUGGACGUGAUUCUGAGAAAUAUGCAAGCGAGCAUGCGCUGCGUGGGCCCUGAUGACAAGUGGGUUGAGGGAAUACAUUAAACU